CCGCCCUUUUUUUUUUUUUUUUUGCCGCGAGGAGGCUGCCUCGCUGGGUGACUCUGGUGUCAUGGCGGCGGCCAGUGCGGCUUGGGGUUCGCGGUUGAGGUGGAGGGCGAACGCUUGCCGGGGAAGCGGCACCAUGGGGCCUUGGCUGAGGGGGCCGGCCUGCCUCCUCCUGGCGCGGCUGGAUCUGGGCCGGGAUCUGUGCGGCUUCGCUGGAGGUCCUAAGGCGGUGUCUGUGGAUGUAGGCAGCCGAAAAUUGGAAAUCUCUUCUGGAAAACUAGCCAGAUUUGCUGAUGGAUGUGCUGUAGUACAGCUAGGUGAUACAUCAGUGAUGGUGACAGCGGUCAGUAAGAUAAAGCCUUCUCCGUCUCAGUUCAUGCCUUUGGUGGUUGACUAUCGACAAAAAGCUGCUGCAGCAGGAAGAAUUCCUACCAAUUAUCUGAGAAGAGAACUGAGUCUGACGGACAAAGAAAUUCUUACAAGCAGAAUAAUAGAUCGCUCCAUUCGACCGCUUUUUCCAGCAGGCUACUAUUAUGAUACACAGAUACUUUGUAAUCUUUUAGCUGUAGAUGGUGUCCACGAUCCUGCAGUCCUGGCCAUUAAUGGAGCUUCUGCGGCCCUUGCAUUGUCGGAUAUUCCAUGGAAUGGUCCCAUUGGUGCUGUGAGGGUAGGACUGAUUGAUGGUGAAGUAGUUGUUAAUCCAACACGAAAAGAAAUGUCUUCCAGCACUUUGGAUUUAGUGGUCUCUGGAGCUCCUCGCAGUCAGAUUGUUAUGUUGGAAGCUGCAGCAGAGAACGUAUUGCAACAAGACUUUUGCCAUGCUAUCAAAGUGGGGGUGAAGCAUUCCCAGCAGAUCAUUCAAGGCAUACAGCAGCUUGCAAGAGAGCAGGGUGUUACCAAGCGAACUGUCCAGAAGCUAUUCACUGCUCCUGAGGAGAUUGUGGAAUGUGCAAAGCAACUUGCAUCUGAAAAGAUCACUGCUGUGUUUUCUGACUUCAGCCAUAAUAAAAUCUCAAGAGAUGAAGCAAUUAACAAAAUCAGGCUCGAAACAGAAGAACAGCUGGAAGAAAAAUUCCCAGAAGCUGAGUCUUAUGAGAUCAUGGAAUCUUUUAAUGUAAUUUCUAAGGAAAUUUUUAGAAAUCUUAUCCUGAACGAAUACAGAAGAUGUGAUGGUCGAGACUUGACUUCGCUUAGAAACAUCACUUGCGAGGUGGAUCUGUUCAAAACGCUUCAUGGCUCAGCAUUAUUUCAGCGAGGCCAAACCCAGGUCCUCUGUGCAGUUACAUUUGACUCACUGGAAUCCAGUGUAAAAUCUGAUCUUAUCACAACAGCUGUCAGUGGAAUAAAAGAGAAAAACUUCAUGCUCCAUUAUGAGUUUCCUCCAUAUGCAACUAAUGAGAUUGGCAAAAUUACUGGUGUAAAUAGAAGAGAACUUGGCCAUGGUGCACUCGCAGAGAAAGCUUUGAAGCCAGUGAUUCCCAGCAAAUUCCCUUUCACGAUAAGGGUCACUUCAGAAGUACUGGAGUCAAACGGGUCAUCGUCAAUGGCUUCUGCUUGUGGUGGGAGUUUAGCAUUGAUGGAUGCAGGAGUCCCAAUAUCAUCCCCUGUUGCAGGUGUUGCUGUAGGUUUGGUUACCAGGAAUAAUUCUGAGGGAAAUGGAGACAUUGAGGAUUAUCGUUUGCUAACAGACAUUCUGGGAAUAGAGGAUUAUAAUGGCGAUAUGGACUUCAAAAUGGCUGGAACGAAUAAAGGAAUAACUGCCUUACAGGCUGAUAUCAAGCUACCAGGAAUACCUCUAAAAAUUGUCAUGGAAGCUAUUCAGCAAGCCACAGUGGCAAAAAGAGAAAUCUUGCAAAUUAUGAACAAAACAAUUGCAAAACCCAGAGCAAGCAGAAAAGAGAAUGGACCCCUUGUAGAAACUAUUCAGGUGCCAUUGUCAAAAAGGGCAAGAUUUGUUGGCCCCGGAGGCUACAAUUUAAAGAAACUUCAAGCUGAAACUGGGGUAACUGUUAGCCAAAUGGAUGAAGAGACAUUUUCUGUAUUUGCUCCAACGCCAGCUGCUAUGCAUGAAGCACAAGAAUUUAUUACUGAAAUCUGCAAAGAUGAUCAGGACUAUCAGCUGGAAUUUGGAGCUAUUUAUACAGCCACGAUAACUGAAUUGAGAGAUAUUGGGGUAAUGGUAAAAUUAUACCCAAACAUGACUCCCGUUCUACUUCACAACUCUCAACUGGAUCAAAGAAAGAUUAAACAUCCUAGCGCUCUUGGAUUAGAAGUUGGCCAAGAAAUCCAGGUGAAAUAUUUUGGGCGUGAUCCAACUGAUGGCAGAAUGAGACUUUCACGGAAAGUGCUUCAAUCUCCAGCUUCAUCUGUUGUUAAAACAAUUGGUGACAAAAACAGUAUAGUCAUGGGAGGUGUCAUUCCAGAGUCUGCUGAAUCACCAUCAUAGCUGCUCUUCAAAAAGUGUAGGAUUCCUUCUAGACUUGCCAAUACUGUGACCCUUUGAAAGAGACUAAAUUGUUUUGAAAUGGUAGAUUGUUAUCAUGCAGGUUUGUAUACCAUACAAAAAUGUUUUAAAUUUUGUAUAAAUAUUAUUGGAUAUCAGAGCAUUUUCACUUGUAUGAUUCCCCCCUCAAUGGAGCUUUUCCUUUGAAAAAUAUGUCCAUAGCAGCACCUCUGUAAAACAUGUAAAAUGUGAAACAAGACAUGUCCAAGCAACUGGGCUAGCUAUCUCCAGACAGUAACAAAAGAACAAUGCCUACUACUUAAAACCUUUUAUUUUUCAAGAGGUGUGUUAAAGGUACAUAUGUGUAUGCACAUUCAGUUGUCUUCUGUUUGUUGAUCUGCCUGCAAAGAUGGUUUUUAAAAAUCCAAACAUCUCAUUCUCUUGUGUAAUGUUUUUACAAGCUUGAGAACAGGAAAUGACCUCCAGAAUAUAUUUGACUCGGCUUUAGCCUUACUUUUGAAACCCAGUAGAAUUUUAUCUGCAUCUUCCCCAUUAGGAACUGGUGGAGAUGGGACUGACAGCUGUGAAAUUGAGAGAACUGUGCUACAUGACUCUACAAAUGAAAGUUUUAGCUAAUACGUAUUUAUAACUUAAAAAGAGCACUCCAGUAAAUGUCUAGAUUGAUGGAGCUGUAGGGUGACUUGGAAGAAUCGCAGAUUAAACCUAUUGUGAGCAUUUUUUAAAAGAUAUUUCUAAUAAGGGACCUUUUCAGAAGGAGUCAUGAAAGGCAGUGUGACAUUUUUGUCUCUUGGUCAUGCUGAAUGUAUAAUGUCUAUACCCUCUGAGCAUAUGCACAUUGGAACACUCAGUGUGACCCAGGAAUGAAAGAGUCAUGGUAUCUCUUCCAUGAGCUCACAGGAGUUGCCCACUCCCCAUAAGGAAAGCCAGCCUAAGGGAGUGAGGCCUUCCAACUACCAUCUGAAAGGUAGAGGUUGGGUAGGCAGGGAUGAACUGUGAGAUGUGUGAAUGGUGAGGAAAGGGUAGGCUGUGAACACAAAUCUAUGGGGGGGGAAUGAAAUUGGUUGAUUUGUGUUUUAAUGCACCAUUCAUAGAAUUCUGAGAAGUAUCUUAAAAGCCUGGUACUGUUGCUGUAAAUCUCUUGUGUUAUUAAACUAGAAAUGGUGAGCCUGCCAUUGUGUGCAAUAACACCAGAAAAGAAUAAGCAGAACAUCCUUCCCCAUCCUGACCUCAGGAUAAAAAGGAAUCUCUGAUCAUGCACGUAGGGAUGUGCAUUGUAACGUUUAAUAAUGUACUUCCCUAGGGGAAAAUUUAAAUGUGAACAACAAUAGGAAACUAUCUCUAAACUAGAAUAAAUAAUCCAGAAAGUUUUAGGAUGUAGGGAUUGACUACGAUAUUUGCGUAAAAUGCUAAUCUCCCAAGUCUGUUUUAAUUUGAAAUAUUAUCACGUUUAGAGCUGCACUUAUCUGUAGAAGUGAUGACAUAAGUGCCAAAAUGAAACAAUGGCUAGGAAAAGUAAUGGGUGCUAUCGAAUAUGCUUAUUGAUCCAGUGACCAUUAUAGUAAUGGGUGCUAUCAAAUGUUAGCCACACGGAAAAUAGACCCAUUGAAAUUAAUGGGCUUAACUUAAAUCCAUUUAUUUCAAUGGGCGUACAUUGAAUAACACCCAAUAAGUAAAUUUGGAUCACUAAAAUCUCCAGAAUUAAGGUGUUGAACUGAGAGUGAAAUAUUUAAGUACAAGAACUGUGAAAUCCUGAGGGGCAAAUAAAGAAGUCUCCAUCUGUUUUUAUCAUAAUAUAUAUGACUUUAUCAUGGAAUCUUUAUUAUUAUUAUUAUUUAUUGAAUGUACAUCCCACCCUUCCUCCCGAAGGAGCCUUGGGCAGUAAGUACAUUAUAAAAUGAGAAAUGGGUUUAUCUAGCACCUAAUAUGGAAGCUGCCUAUUUUCAGUCAUGAAGGAAUCUAUUCUCACAUUAGCUUCCAGUCUAAAAGGUACGUAACUGGGACCUUGGUGGGUAGAGGUCUUUGGUAAGAUUUAGUAUCUUUGAUCUGAUCAUAAUGAAAAAAGUGGACAAAUAUAUGAAGAUGUAAUAGUUGGUGGCCACAAUUUAACACAAACAUAAGGACCAAUGAAAUCGACAGAUUUGUGUCUCAGUAUUAGAUUGUGGCUGACUUCUCUAAGGAGAAUGCUAAUUAGGAUUGGGAAAAUGUAAAUGUGAACACUUAAUUCUUUGAUAUUAUGCCCAUAAUUUUUGCUACUUUAAAAUAUUUUUUUUUUAAAUGCUUUCACUUUCCCCCUAACAUGCAUUCUUGAAAUAAAGACACUCUCAUCGACCUAGGA